GUUUUGUUCCGUGGUUCCGAUCGUCAGUCGCAUGCAACCAAACGCAGAGAGCGCGCGUCGAGGGAUGUGCGUGCCCAACACAACUAUUCCGAUACGCGUUCGAAAUUUCAAAAUUGUUAUGUGUUUUUUUUUAAAUUAAAGUGUCUUACGUGCCAGUUGCCUUGGAUAGUGCGUUAAUUUUUAAGGAUUUUUAUAAAUUUGGAUCUGAAGGAUAUUCAUCUGAGAUGUCAUCUUUCAUUUCCACUUCCGCGGAGAGCCAGCCCGAAGUCAAAGAUCGUAUUCUAGAGAGAGAUGCAGGCUUCGUGUCCGGUGGAGAGGAUGACGACUCCUGUUCGGGUCCAGCGCAUUCCGAUGACUCGGGAGUGCGUUUGGACUCCCGGGCCGAGAGCGACCGGCCCAAGCGAGACCGGACCCCGGCCAGACUGCAGCCGCCCAAGAAGAGGAUACGACUUUGCUCUAGAGAAGACCUCGCCAGCCCCGAGAGCGAUGCCCCCGUCAGCCCUUUCAGACCGUGGUCCUUCACAGAGGAACCACAAAGAGAACCCCUCUCCUUAGUCAAGAAAACCAGUGAAACUACCCUUUUAAGACAAAGGAGAAGACCAUUAGAACCACCACCACCUAUCCCACCUCCGCUAGUGCUUGAAUCCAGACCGGGACCACCCAGAGUACCUCCCCACCCUGCAGUAGUCGAACCUUACACCGAGAAACCUAAACCUAGAGAACAAAGGAACUACAAAAACAUGACAAGAGAAAGGAGGAUCGAAGCAAACGCAAGAGAAAGGACUAGGGUUCACACGAUAAGCGCGGCCUUCGACACCCUUCGAAGAUCAGUUCCUGCAUAUAGUCAUAAUCAGAAACUAUCCAAAUUAUCGGUUUUACGGAUAGCGUGUGCGUACAUUGCUGCGUUAUCAGCGGCGAUAGACCCAGAGGCUGAUUUGUCGACGGCGGUGGAAUCAGUGACGCAGACGAUACACACGGAAGGGAAGCUUCGAAAGAAGAAGGACGAUCCUUGAAGGAGUGCCAAUGGAAGGCGUCCACUCGUUGUGUUGUGACUCCGAGAAUCGGAAGAGAAUCUUCAAAUGCAGAGUCUGCUAUGACAGCACUUAUCAAGAUUAGACGGACAACGAAGCAAAAGUUCGAAUGCUUUAAACCAAAUCUUUAUCAUCAUUAAAAUAUUGUGAUGAAAUCAAAAGCGACUAGAAAUAAUUUAUUUGAAUAUUUCUAAGUAAUAGCGGUGCUUUUAAUGCAUUUGUUUUUUUUAAUCCGUUUGUCUGUCAUAAUAGGCCUAACCGUAGUCAAAGCCGUCCUACGAAGCCUGAACGUCAUUUGUGGUAGUACAAAAACGACAAUAAUAUGGAUGUAACUGAAUAUUGUAUUUAAUUAGAAUUAUAAAUUGAUUUGAGGCAUGACAUGACUGAUUUUGUGAGUCGUUACAAAAAUGUUCCUGAUGUAAUAUAGUUUUUGGAUCUCGCAAUUAUAUUAAAAGACAUUUAUGAUUUUAAUUAUGUUAGGGAUAGUAGUAUCAAACUUCAAUCAUUAAAAAAAAACAAUAGUAAUGUGAACAUUCGGUUUAAAAGAUUGGUAUCAAAAUUGAAACCCUAGGUUAUUAAGGGUUAAUUUCGCAUGACAUUUAAAAUUUACAUCUUUGACAAAACAGUGACGUAUAUGAUUUUUAAUUAAAUUCAUUUUGUUUUGCACAUACUUAAGUAUAAUUUCAGUGACUUAAUAUCACUAUUGAUUUCAAGUUUGCAGAACUUAACAAAUGUUAAUUAACAGCGAAAAUGCUAUGAUGCUACUUCCCUCUACAUUGAUGUGGCCUGUAUUAAAAUUGAUCUGAGGAGGCUGCCAUGAAACAUAAAACACGUAGCACGUAAUUGCGUCCAGACGUUCUCUCUUUUUACGCGUACAUGAUAUGGGAAAAAAGCAGCACGUAACGUCAGCAACGCGUAUGUGUUCGUAUGUUUCGUUGUAGGCCAUUCUAUAUUAGGUUUCACGACACUAAGAAUAAGACACAAAUAAUGUUAACCAUUCCUUCAAUCCAGUAUUAAGGAGACAUCAUUCGACGACGAAUCUAAAAUAUUUUGGCUUUAAUGAUAAGUAUAUUUAUUGCAAUCGAGUCAGUAAUUUUAAGUGAACUGUAUGAAAUAUAAUGUAAUAAUGCAUUUUAUGUAAAUAUUUAGAAUUUAAGGACUGUGUGUAAAUAAAAUUUUUAUUUCUGUUAUUAUAAGUCGAAACCCUGUAUAAAUACAGAAAAAAUGUAUUUUAGAUCAUCAGUUUUUUCAAAAGAAUUCCCAUGACAAGUCGAAGCUCUGCGUCAAAGACAACAAGAAACGCCAUAUUUUUCAUGCAACAAGCCUGUAAUUUCUAGACACACAUUUAAUUUAAAUGUGAAUAAGCAGCCUUAGCAUUGUGAUAAAAAUAAAUGUAAAUAAACAUAUUAACAAGGAGACAUUGUUGAAGUAAGCGUUGAUUGUACCAGUCAACUUUGACGUUAACUUAACCUGCGCGCCACAGUCGUUUAGACAAAAAGGGGCUUUACGUUUUCCUACGCAGGUUGCAACCGAACUUAAAACUUAAACAAUAAUGUUUUAAUCUUGUUAUAUCUUGUGUCUUCAAUAGUCUGUGAAAAUCAAAAAUGUUACGCUAAGAAGUCAACGACUUUCUGUAAAAAGGAAUACUGUUUAAAAAAAUAUAAUAAAAUAUUGAAAGAAUAAAUGAUGAAAAGUACAUAAAUUA